UAUGCGCACAAGCCCCGCCCCUGGCCAGGUAUGGGUGACGUCGCGGGGUGGGCGCUGCUGGGCCGGAAGUGCCCCUCGCCCGGGGAGGGGCCACGUGACCAGCCCUCCACCACACGCCCCGCCCUCCGCUCCUGGGCCGGACGCAACAGGUGUCCCGGGAGAGGCUGCCCACCCAGCCCGCUGGGUCCCGGGUCCCAUGGAGGCAGCCGAUGGCCCCCCCCGCCUGGCAGAUGGGCUGGGCUCCCUCCUGGGGGAGGACGAGGAGGAGGAGGAGGAGGAGGAGGAGGAGAGCCGCCGCCGCCGCCGCCGCCAUCCCGCGGAAGGCUCGCCUGUGGGCUGCCCCGACGGGGACCUGGAGGUGAACCCCUACGACGGGCUGCCCUUCUCCUCCCGCUACUAUGAGCUGCUGGGCCAGCGCCGCAGCCUCCCCAUCUGGGCGGCCAAGUACGUCUUCAUGGAGCACCUGGAGGGGACCAGCGGCAUCGUCCUGGUCUCUGGGGAGCCGGGCACCGGCAAGAGCACUCAGGUGCCCCAGUGGUGCGCGGAGCAUGCCCUCUCCCUGCAGUUUGCCCACGGCCAAGUGGUCUGCACUCAGCCCCAUAGCCUGGCUGCCCUGAGCCUGGCGCUGCGUGUGGCAGACGAAAUGGACCUCAACGUGGGCCACGAGGUUGGCUACUGUGUCCCCUACGAGGACUGCUGCACUUCAGAGACUCUGCUCAGGUUCUGCUCGGACGAGGUCCUGCUGCGCGAGAUGACUUCGGACCCGCUGCUGCGGCAGUACGGGGUGCUGGUGCUGGACGAGGCCCAGGAGCGCACGGUGCCCACCGACCUCCUGCUGGGGCUGCUGAAGGACGCCCAGCGGCAGCGGCCAGAGCUGCGCCUGGUGGUGGUGACGGAGCCCUUGCUGGAGGCACCGCUGCGCCGCUUCUGCCGGGACGCCCCCGUGGUGCGGGUCCCGGGGCUCGGCCCAGCCCCACGCCUGGCCUACAGGGAGCCGCCGCUGCUGCCCGAGGGGCGCCUGCCAGCCGCCUGCCAGGCUGUACUGGAGCUGCACCAGCAGCAGCAGCAGCAGCAGGAGGAGGAGGCUGGCGACGUGAUGGUCUUCGUGGCCAGCGAACAGGAGAUCAGCGAAUGCUGCGCAGCGAUCCGUGGGGGGGUCCUUGCUCUGGAUCCCAGUCUGGGCCCCCUCCUGGUGCUGCCCCUACACUCCGGCGUGGGGCGGGAGGUCCAGAAAAUGUACGAGCCCCUGCAGCCGGCUGCUGGGUCUGGGGCCCGCAGGGUGAUCGUCACCCACUGGCUGGCAGACGCGGCCUUCUCGGUGGGGAGUGUGAGGCACGUCAUCGACGGCGGGAUGGAGCUGCGCAGUGUCUACAACCCACAGAUCCGGGCCGAGGCUCAGGGGUUGCGCCCUAUAAGCCAAAGGCAGGCAGAGGCUCGGCGGCUGCGGGCAGCAGGGAGCCCCCCAGGGUCCUGCCUCCGCCUCUACUCAGAGUCGUCCUACUCGCAGAGCUUCCCGCUCCUCCCUCCGGCCCCCGUGACCGAAGCCAGCCUCAGCCGCCUGGUCCUCCUGCUCAAGCGGCUGGACAUCGCGGACAUGGGACAGUGUGACUUCCUGGACCGGCCAGCCCCCGAGUCGCUGAUGCAGGCUCUGGAGGACUUGGACUACUUGGCCGCCCUGGACGACGACGGGAACCUCUCCGAGGUGGGCAUCAUCAUGUCCGAGUUCCCGCUCGACCCCCAGCUGGCCAAGGCCCUCCUGGCCUCUUGCGAGUUCGACUGCGUCCACGAGAUGCUGACGCUGGCUGCCAUGCUGACAGCUGGGCCCUGCUUCGUGCCUCCGGCCGGGCGCUGGGAGGAGGCGGUGGCCGCGCGGCAGCAAGGCCUGCUGCACCCGGCCGGAGACCACUUCACCCUCAUCAACGUCUUCCACGCCUUCCAGCAGCAGAGCGACCCGGAGAGCUGGUGCCGCCAGCAUGCGGUGAGUGAGGCCACGCUGCGGCUGGCGGGCGCCGUGAGGGCAGAGCUGCUGGAGGUCAUGCAGAGGAUCGAGCUGCCCAUCUCCCCGCCAGCCUUUGGCACAGACCGCAACGUCCUCUCUCUCAAGCAGGCCCUCAUCUCGGGCUUCUUCCUCAAGGUGGCUCAAGAUAUGGACGGCUCCGGCAACUACCUGCUCCUGACCCAUAAACAUGUGGCCCAGCUACCCCCCAGCUGCUGCUACCGGCUGCGCCGCCCCCCCCUGCGCCCUCCCCCCUGGCUGCUCUACCACGAGUUCACCAUCUCGCAGGACAACUGCCUCAGCAUCGUCUCAGAGAUCCAGCCGGAGAUGCUGGCAGAACUGGCCCCCCAGUACUACCUGAGCAACUUGCCCCCCAGCGAGAGCCGGGACCUGCUCAUGGAGCUGCGCGAGAAGCUGGCGGCGGAGGAGGAGGAGGCCGAGCUCUUGCCUGUGCCGGAAGGCGAACUGCCCCCAGCCCCCAAAGCCCCCAAGGAGGGGGAGGACGCCUGCGUGCUGCAGUGAGCCAGGAGCCUGGCUGGCUGGGAUUAGCCCCACGCCCAGAAAUCUGGUGCCCCUUGGCAGGAGCGGAGGAGCCUGGCCCCCCGGCCCCUCCUGGCUCUGCGCUGCUGUUGCCUUGGAGCAGGGCCUGGGCUGUUCCUGGGGGCAGGAG